AUGGUGGCGCAGGGUGGCCUGCGUGCGGUGUGCUGGUUUGGUCUUGUCCGCUUGGCCUCUUUUGGCAACCUCGUUGGCCCUGGAUGGAUGGGGGCCGUCAAGACGGGGCUCCGUGGUGCAGGAGAUGAACAUGGCCACGACGGGGGACGUGACGUGCACGCGAUGCGCCUCCCCCCUCUGCUGGCGCGUGGCGCGUGGCGAGUGGCGAGCGUAGAGAAAACAGAAACGCACAGUCGGUCCAUGGCAAAGCCUUGCCUCGUUAUGCAUCCAUCGUCAACAGGUUCCAGGGCGCUCGAUGCAGUCCCGGGUCCGCCUGGAGGUCUGGAGGCAGGAAAGGGGGCAGGGAGGGGGGUUCCAGGAAGUUAG